AUGGGUGAUCCUUCUGAAGGAGAGCAGAAGCCAGAGCGCAUCCUCAAGCGCCACCUGUACGAAUAUGCUGAGCGCAAGCGUACCGAUGGUCCUUAUGCCGACAACAUUGACAUCGAUGUCCUGAUCGUAGGAGCGGGUUUUGGUGGAACCUACUUACUAUAUGAGAUGCGCAAAGCUGGCUUCAAGACUGUACUAUACGAAGCCGGUCAAAGCUUUGGGGGUACCUGGAGAUGGAACGUCUAUCCAGGUGCUCGCGUCGAUUCCGAAGUCCCUAUCUACCAGCUCUCGAUUCCUGAAGUCUACGAAAGUUGGUCUUGGACAACCAACUACCCAGACUGGCGCGAAUUACAGGCCUACUUUGACCAUUGCGACAAAGUCUGCAACCUGAGUAAGGACUGCGCGUUUGGGACCGUGGUGACUUCGGCCGAAUUCAAUACCGAUGAAGGAAAGUGGCAUGUUGGCACCGCCGACGGACGCAAAGCGAAAGCCCGGUUCUUGAUCAUUGCAGCUGGCUUUGCAGCCAAGAGAUAUAUUCCCGACUACGCGAGCAUGGACAAGUUCAAAGGCAUCAUGCAUCAUUCAUCUUUCUGGCCUAUAGAGGGGGUAGAUGCCCGUGGUAAGAAGGUUGCUGUCAUCGGCACCGGUGCAUCGGGCGUGCAAAUCAUUCAGGAAUGGGGCCCAGAGGUCGAGCAUUUGACCGUGUUCCAACGCACUCCAAAUCUAGCUCUUCCAAUGGGCAAACGCGAUAUGUCCAAAGAGGAACAAGAUGCUCUUAAACCGGCGUAUGCGGAACUUCUGCGUAUGCGUGAGCAUAACUUUGCAGGGUUCACGUAUGAUUUUGCCGAGCGUAACACCUUUGAAGACUCCCCAGAGGAGCGAGAGGCUGUGUACGAGGCGCUGUGGAAGAAAGCCGGAUUUGGCCUGUGGCUGGGCUCACAUAAGGACUAUCUCUUUGACGAAAAGUCCAAUCGCUGUGUGUACGACUUCUGGCAGAAGAAGCAAGCCCCAAGAGUUAAGAAUCUGGAGAAACGUGCGAUUCUCAUCCCAGAGGAACCACCACACCCGUUUGGUGUCAAGCGACCGUGUCUGGAGCAGAAUUACUACGAAGUUCUUGACCAAGACAACGUGAGCAUUGUGGAUAUCUCCAGUAAAUCCGGGAACGAGAUAGUCGAAUUCACGGAGAAGGGGAUUAAGACCAAGGACGGAAAGGAGCACGAGUUUGACAUCAUCGCGCUGGCAACAGGAUUCGACAUCACCACGGGCGGGAUGACCAAUAUGGGGUUGAAAUCGAUCAACAACACGACGCUACAGGAUGAGUGGCGUAAAGCUGCCUACACCUACCUCGGAACUACCAUCGCCGGGUACCCCAACAUGUUCCACCUGUACGGACCACACGGCCCUACCUUGCUCUCGAAUGGACCGUCGAGCGUGGAGGUCCAGGGUCGUUGGAUUCGGGAUGCCAUCAAGCAAGUCGACCGCCAGGGUCUGAAGUACAUCAACCCGACCCAGGAAGCUAGUGAGAAAUGGAAGCAGCAUAUCAAUGACCUGAGUAAUAUCACCUUGCUACCGACGACGAAGAGCACAUACAUGGGCGGCAGUGUACCCGGGAAAGCAUUUGAACAGGUCAACUAUGCAGGGGGCAUUCCAGCGUACGUCAAGGAGAUUCGAGCGGUAUUGCCAGGUUUCACCGGCUUUGAAACCGUCAAAUGA